AUGGCUGGGAAGCUGAAUAAGUUUGAAACUCCCAGCUCCGCGAGCUCUGAUAGUGAUACGGAGCUCGCGCUGGAGCUGAGCGAACAGGUGUUCUUAGAUGAAGAAGACUACACUCGCGCCCCGGCGUCGCCCACCACUGUGCCCAAUGUCAGGCCCUACCGACCACCGUCCACAGGCUCGAACAUCGCGAAGUCGCCGCGCGCUCGCCGCGUCCGCACCGCAUCCAUGUCGCAGUCGACGAAGCGCACCGCUGCCGAGAGCAUACUGCACGCGGACAGGCGGACGAUAUACACAGCCGGCCGCCCGCCCUGGUACAACUGCACGGGAGGCCAGGAGGUCGAGCCGUUCCUCAUAGGCAUCUGCGGCGCGAGUGCGUCCGGCAAAACGACAGUCGCCGCGAAAAUCAUCGAAUCUCUGAACAUACCCUGGGUCACCAUAGUCAGUAUGGACUCCUUCUACAAAGUGCUGAACGAGAAGCAGCACCAGGCGGCGCAACGCAACGAGUACAACUUCGACCACCCGGACGCGUUCGACAUGGAGCUGCUGGUGAAGGUGCUGCAGCGGCUGCGCGAGGGCAAGAAGGUCGAGGUGCCCGUCUACAACUACGUCACGCACUCGCGCGAGAACCGCACCAAAACUAUGUACGGGGCCAACGUGAUAAUCUUCGAGGGCAUCCUGGCGUUCUACAAUGCGGAUGUGGUGCGGAUGCUGGACAUGAAGGUGUUCGUCGACACGGACGCGGACAUCCGCCUCGCCAGGCGUCUGCGCAGGGACAUCGUGCAGCGCGGUCGCGAGCUGGAGGGCGUGCUCAAGCAGUACAUGACGUACGUGAAGCCCGCCUACCAGAGCUACAUAGCGCCGUGCAUGGCGCACGCGGACAUCAUCGUGCCGCGCGGCGGAGAGAACAAGGUCGCGAUACACCUCAUCGUGCAGCACGUGCACAAGCAGCUGCAGCUGCGCGGUUUCAAGGUGAGGGAAAAGCUGGCUGUUGCACACAUCGGCCAGCCCCUGCCUGACUCUCUCUACGUUCUCAAAGACACUCCUCAGGUCCAAGGGCUGCACACGUUCAUCCGCAACAAGGACACGUCCCGCGACGAGUUCAUCUUCUACUCGAAGCGGCUGAUGCGGCUCGUGAUAGAGUUCGCACUCUCCCUCCUGCCCUACUCGGAGGCGGACGUCGACACGCCGCAGGGUUUCACCUACAAAGGUCGCAAAUGCGACGUGGAGAAGAUCUGCGGCGUGUCCAUACUGCGGGCGGGCGAGACCAUGGAGCAGGCGGUGUGCGACGUCUGCAAGGACAUCAGGAUCGGGAAGAUCCUCAUCCAGACCAACCAGGAGACCGACGAGCCCGAGCUGUACUACCUGCGGCUGCCGAAGGACAUAAAGGACUACCGCGUGAUCCUGAUGGACGCGACGGUGGCGACCGGCGCGGCGGCCAUCAUGGCCAUCCGGGUGCUGCUGGACCACGACGUGCCCGAGCACAACAUCAGCCUCGUCUCGCUGCUCAUGGCCGAGAUAGGGGUCCACUCGAUAGCCUACGCUUUUCCGCAGGUGAAGAUCGUGACGUCCGCCCUCGACCCCGAGAUCAACGAGAAGUUCUACGUGCUGCCCGGCAUCGGCAACUUCGGCGACCGCUACUUCGGCACCGAGCCCGCCGCCGACGAG